GCUCGGCGCCAUGGCGGUAGAUGAGAUCCGGGUCUGUGAGAGACUUAAGCGCAAUGGCUGCAAGUUCAGGAGGACAAUGGAGCGAAUAUUCCAGGAGUACAACCAUCCAUUUGAAGAUGACCUAAUUGUUAAUCUUGAGGAUAUGACUGUUGAUGCUCCAUCAGGUCCAGUAGCAUGGUGUCCCAUUGACUCUCCGCAUUCUUUCUUGAGAAAACAAGCCAGAGUUAACCGUAAGAAAAAGUCUGGAAAACAUUAUGCACCUGAUGAAAGCCUGAAGGACCUGAUGAGCACAGAGUUAUCAGGUCAAGCAGAUCGGAGUUCUGAAUUUAAAGCUGUUAAAGAUGAACAAUGCAUACCAAGUAUGUCCAAGUUACAAACCAGUAUCUCCAUUGGGAAUAUGAACGUGGGCGAUAAAUACAAAAUAGAUGUAGAUAUGCUGGCUACUGGCCUUGAUAAACCUGGAAAGCAAGUCUUGGUGGAAUGUGUAGGGAAGACGAAAGACAAGCCAUUGAUCAUGUUUACUCCCACGUCGAGGCUGGAAGUUGGAUUGUUGCAUGUUUAUCAUGAUUGCAGAGAUGACUUUCGGACAUCAAUUUCUGGAGAUUUAAAUAAUUCAUCAAGAUCCAAGCAUGAUGAUAAAGAUGAUUCACAUUUCAUUUCUUCUGUGUCUAAUGACUCUUUGUCAGCAAGAUCACUUUGUGAACUUGGUGGCAAGGAAGUUGCAUAUCCACUGAGACUUGAGAACAACAGAAGCAAUGUCUUAGAUUUGGAAGAAACUGGAUCCAUUUGUAUCAACCAAGAUUCCAGGGAAAGCCACGAUGAUUCAUCUGGUUUAAGUGAUACAACCCUUAUUGAUAUCUAUCCAAGUAUGCUAGCUUCGAUGAGUAACUUGCUCAACCGUAGUUACAAGACACAGACUGCCUCCAGAUUAAUAAAGCACUAUCGACGUCUCCAGUUAAAUGUGUGUAAAUCAAAAUUAAAUACAACUCAAGAUGGAAUAAGAAUGAAGAGCAAAAUGGAUGUCCAAAAAUCAAAUGUGAAGAGUUAUCCCAUUAUUGAAUUGGAAGCAUGUAAUGGAACCAACCAAGUGAAUAGAAAUGUUUGUUCUCUGAAGAAAUUCAAAACCACAGAAUGUAAUUUUGAUUCAUGUAUUUCUGUGAUUGAUGCUGAAGAUUCUGAGAUUGUGCAACAAACAAAUUCCAAAUCAUCUGAAACUAAAGAUUCCAACUUUAGCAAUUCCUGUCAUGAUGCAAUUAACUCUCAAUCCCUACCAACAAGUCCUUGCAGCCCAAUAAGUCCUGUACUAGUUACAAAUUGCUGCAAUGUGAGCAAAACGUCAAGUCUAAAAAUAACUUUGAAUGAAUCUUGUUUGCCUCAACUGGAUACCAUGAUUAAUUCUAGUUUCAAAUGUUUGAGCCGAAAAUCUAAUCCGUCAAAGGCACAGUCACCAUACUCGAGAAACAUUUUUAAUCAUCUACCUGAGGCACAACUAUCGCCAUCAAACAACAGUAUGGAAACAAAAAGAAAUUCUGUUGUCAAUUCCAAAUCACCAUUUAAAAUGCUUUUGCAUUCAAGUAAUAUUUCCUGUACUGCUCAAAAAAUUAAAAGGAGACAUUCGUUUUCCUCCACAUGUUCUGUUCCAGGCAUGUUCCAUUCAAUUCAGAGCCCGCUUAAAACUCCAGCAAGAGAGAUGGAUGCAUUUGAAUCGGUGUAUCAAAGUUUGGCUCAUAAUUCAUUCUCCUUUCCAACUGCUGUGAAACUUCCCAAUGUAUUGAAUGCUUCUCCUAUCCCUGGUAGAACUGUUACAUCAGUAACAUCUGUUACAAAUUCAUCUUUCCAACUAUCAAGAAAACGUGCUGCCUCUACGGACAAGAUAAUGGAAACUUCCCGAUUACCAUUAAAGAGAUUCUGCUCUUUGCCAGAGUCCUCUAGUUCAAGACAGGAUAAUCCAGAAAUGUUAACGCUGAAUACUAUAUUGCAAGGACAGAAUUACCACUGUACAAAAAUAAGUGGCUUUUAUUCACCAGGAAGCCAGCAGCAAAGAGGGAACUUGACUGUGAGCUCACCUAUUAAAUGGGAAGAUAUCUAUAGAAAAUACUCCAGUCAUGGUACUGUUUUGCCUAUUGUAAAUAGUUCGGGAAAUACCGUGAGUUUAUGUUUAUCACCUAGACUUCGGAACAGAGUUUCUAGAAAACUGGUCUAUAACAAACUGAACACGCCGGUCUGACUAAAGCUGUGAAGUGUGUCACAAACGAGUUUUUGGUUGUUUCUAAGAAUUAAUCCUUGUCAUGCCUAUAUAGCAAAAUCUGAAUGAGACGUUAAUUAUCUACUAUCUGUUCAAUGUUUUACAUUUCUAUUUUGUUAAAAUUUUAGUUCAUAUUUCACAAUUGUGAAUAUUACAGCUAAACCAGUUUCCCACUUUCCUGUACUUUGAACUUGUUUGCUGGCUUUUAUAUAUUCAAUUUUAUAGAAUUGUUGUUUUUAUAUUGUAGAUUGCUAGCAUUAUUAAGGACCAUAUGAAUCAUUUGGUAUCACUUGUAGAAGAGUCGAUGCAUGGUGUUUUUAACUUAAUGGGCAAUAACUGUGUUAUUCUGAUGCAAAACCAGCAAAAUGCUCCUCCAGGAAGUCUUGAUUCACUUUGUCCCAUAAUCGAGAAGCAUUCACAACAAACGUAGAGUCAAAGAAAUUUCUCUCACUGUGUAUUAGUGUUUGUGUGAAAUAUUCUUUGGUAUCUUUGAUCUUGCCUGUAAAAUGACUUGUAAGAUGAGUUGUGUUUCUUUGUAACUUUGAAUUGUUACUGAAUUAUACCUGCAUCAAGAGAAAAUGGUGAUGGUAUAUUUAUUUAUAGUCUUAGCAUUAGUCAUGACAGUAAUAUGUUUUAUAUUUCAAUUUGUGCUUAAUUUAUCUCCUGAGAAAUAAAUUUGGAAUAAAUGAGAA